CUCCACUACAGAAACAUGCGCAAAGCACCACGGGACUUCCUUUCACUCCGAGGCCAUAUUGGAGUUAACUCACAGUUGGCCGAACCGGACUAACACGCAAAAUGGUGGCCGCAAAGAAGACGAAAAAGUCCCUGGAGUCCAUCAACUCCCGGCUCCAGCUGGUGAUGAAGAGUGGCAAAUACGUCCUGGGAUACAAGCAGUCCCAGAAGAUGAUCCGCCAGGGCAAAGCCAAGCUUGUCAUCCUGGCCAACAACUGCCCUGCGCUCAGGAAAUCUGAGAUUGAAUACUACGCUAUGUUGGCCAAGACCGGUGUGCACCACUACAGUGGCAACAACAUUGAGCUCGGCACAGCCUGUGGAAAGUACUAUAGGGUUUGCACACUGGCCAUCAUUGAUCCUGGUGAUUCGGACAUCAUCAGGAGCAUGCCCGACCAGCAGCCCCAGCCUCAGUAAAGCUGUCCCCUGCCCUGUUGUUAUAAAUAAAGUCGGUGUAAACAGUUUA